GUCUGAUUAUUUCAUGAUAUGCUAUUUUUUUUAAGAUAAAUUACGACAGAUUUGUAAAUCGUUAAUCAUUUGUGAACGUAUAGUCAUGUUUUGUAAAUGAUUAGUUCAUCAUUAUCUAAUCACUUGUAAAUGAAAAUUGGAUUUCUGUUUCUGAACUGCUCAGGGCCAACGAGGGACUAUCACAACUAUCACAACACAGAAAAACAGUCGUGGAUCGUCCAGGAAACAACACAGAUUAUUAAGAUUCAAGGAAAGAUGUCGGACUCUGAGACCAUUGAACUGGCAUGUCUUGGGCGGCCUUUUCAAUUAGGAAUGCUUUAUGACUGCCGAAGAGAUCGCCUCAUUCCAGGAAUAACCCUUUGGGAUGCUGAGAUGCUGCAGAAGAAUAUUAAUGUACGACCACAGCCAAACACUGACUUCAAAAUCAUUGCCACAGAUUCAAGUGAAGACAAAGUCAGUGCUCUAAAUGUCACUGCAUCUCUUGAAGCCAGCUUUCUGAGUGGAUUAGUCAGUGUGAAAGGAUCAGCAGACUAUUUAAAUGACAAGAAGUCAUCGAAACGUCAGUCUCGAGUCACCUUACAGUAUCAUACAACCUCGCGCUUUGAGCAGUUGACUAUGGAGCAUCUUGGAGCAGGGAACGUAAAGCACUGCAAUAUAUUUCAGGAGGGCUCAGCCACACAUGUUGUUACGGCUCUACUGUAUGGAGCUCAAGCAUUCUUUAUUUUUGAUCGUGAGGUUUCAUCCAAUGAAAACCAUCAAAAUAUACAAGGUGAACUCCAAGCAUCAAUCAAAAAGAUACCUAUGAUAUCAGUAGAGGGCCAGGCAUCUUUGAAAAUGAAUGAAAUGGAGCAAGAGAAAAUUGACAAGUUCAGCUACUUUCAUGGGGAUUUUGCUCUGGAAAACAAUCCGGUCUCCUAUGUUGAUGCCAUCAAGGUGUACUCAGAGCUACCAAAACUGUUGGGAGAACAUGGAGAGAAUGCAGUGCCCAUGACCGCAUGGCUUUACCCUCUGAAAAAACUAGAUUCAGCAGCCGCUCAGUUAGUCAGGGAGAUCAGUGUUAGCCUAAUACGACGAGUCCAACGAAUCAUGGAUGAACUGCAUAACUGUGACAUUCAGUGUCAAGAUCUGAUGAGGGACAGUAUUGCAAUUCAAUUCCCUGAAAUCACAGCUAAGAUCAGAAAAUGUAAAAACCUCUGUUCAGAUUAUAAAAUUGUUUUUCAGAAACAUCUCUGCAGGGUUCUUCCAUCCAUAAGGGGUGGAGGUAAAGAAGAACAGGAGCUUAUUGAUGCCCUGAAUGACAAAGAAAGAUCCCCAUUUCAGGGGCUCUGGUAACC